AUGUCUUGCACAAAAUUGCAUUUGAUCACCGUUCGACCUGUGAGAUUCUCUUCACUCAUUCGCUUUCGAUCAAAUUAUACCCGUGUUCCGAAUCCGAAAAUAGUCGAGGAAACGAAAGGCUACCUUAGUUACGCGAGGAAUGUGUCAAGAGAUCGAAAGUAUGAGCAAAAUCUCGUCGCACAGAAAGGUGAUACGCCAACAACCUUCUUCUUCCGCCGUCUUGGCCAUGCCUACGAGACUUAUCCCCUAUUUUUUCUCAUCGGUUUCUGGGCGACAAUUUGCACAUAUUGUGUGUAUUUAAGUGCUAAUAAAAUUGAGAUCUGGCUUGAUCGAUCUCAAGAAACGGCCCCUUGGGAUUGGAGCCGUGUUAGGGAAAACUACUGGAAAAAGCCGACAACUGCUUUUGACCUUGACAAUCGGACUCAUCAACGCUUGGAGAUUAUGGAAAAGUUGCAAGAUGAGAUGCUUGAAGCGGCGAAGAAAAGAGGCACAAGA